AUGAGCCUGCUCGGGAGCUACCGCAAAAAGCCCAGCAAUGACGGGUACGAAUCUUUGCAGCUGGUGGAGAGCAACGGUGACUUCUGCGGGGGCAGCAAGGAGCGAGCCGGCGGCAGCAAGCAAGGGGUGAUCCCGGCCGUGUUGGCCGCAGCCCGGAGCCCGGCCCGACACCAGCCGCAGCCGCAGCAUCUGGACGGCAGCAGCAGCACCAUGGACAGCUCAGGGGCAUCAUCGCCAGAUAUGGAAUCCACCUAUGGGGGAGGCUUACUAGACAUGGUGAAAGGAGGAGCAGGGCGACUCUUCAGCAACUUGAAGGAUAACCUGAAGGACACCCUAAAAGAUACCUCUUCAAAAGUUAUGCAAUCUGUUGCCAGUUACACCAAGGGAGAGCUAGAUAUUUCUUAUGUUACCUCAAGAAUCAUUGUUAUGUCUUUUCCUGCUGAAGGGGUUGAACUGGGGUUCAGGAAUCACAUUGAAGAUGUGCGGACGUUCUUAGAUUCACGACAUCCUGACCACUACACGGUCUUCAAUUUGUCACAGAAGUCUUAUCGUAGUGCCAAGUUUCAUAACAGGGUAUCUGAAUGUAGCUGGCCAAUGAGACAAGCGCCCAGUCUGCAUAAUCUCUAUGCUGUAUGUAAGAACAUGCACAACUGGUUACAGCAGAACCCCAAAAAUGUGUGUGUCAUCCAUUGCAUGGAUGGUCGUGCAGCAUCAGCAGUUCUGGUCAGUGCAAUGUUCUGUUUCUGUCAUCUCUUCUCUAGUCCAAUCCCAGCUAUUCAGUUGCUCAACUCAAAGAGACCUGGAAUAGGACUCUGGCCAUCCCACAGAAGAUACCUUGGAUACAUUUGUGAUCUAAUAGCAGAAAAGCCCAUCCACCCUCACUGUAAGCCUCUUACUAUCAAAUCAGUCUCUCUCAGUCCGGUCCCCUGUUUCAAUAAACAGAGAAAUGGGUGUCGACCCUUCUGUGACAUUCUGAUUGGAGAAACCAGAAUCUUUACAACCUCCCAGGAAUAUGAAAGAAUGAAGGAAUUCCGUAUGCAAGAAGGGAAAGUCCUAAUUCCAUUAGGAGUUACUGUUCAUGGAGAUGUUGUCCUUUCUGUCUACCAUAUGAGAUCAACCAUUGGGGGACGACUUCAAGCAAAAAUGACAAACACACAGAUCUUCCAGAUUCAAUUUCAUACUGGAUUCAUAGCACUGGGAACAACUAUGCUAAAAUUUACAAAACCUGAACUGGAUGCAUGUGACUCCCCAGAAAAAUAUCCACAGCUGUUUCACGUUACACUGGAGAUAGAAAUAGAAUCUGCUGAUAGACAGACUGACCUGACUCCUCCCUGGGAGAACUUCACAACAAAAGACAUCAAUGCAAGCAUUCUUUUCUCCUCUCACCAGGAACAUCAAGAUGCUCUCGCCUUGGCAGGUCGAAGCUCUGUAGAUGCACCUCAGGAUAACAUAAAAAAUGUUGGACAGGGGGCAUUCCUCUCCUCUCUCAGCUGGCAAGAUCAGAAAUCCGACAAAAGCAGUUCUCACCCCACCUCUGAGGAUCGGGCAGCCCUAGUGCAUGAGGAGAGUGAACAGUCCGACGAUGAACUCUUAUCCCUUUCCAGUCAGCACAGCAAUGCUAGCAGCGACAAAACCCAUGGGACUCCAAAACACAGCAAAAAGCAGCAAGAGCCUCCAGCACCACUUCCGCCUGAGGAUGUCGACCUUCUGGGUCUAGACGGUAGCCCGAUGAGCAAGAAUUUCCCUGCUCAGUCCACUGCUCUCCCCUCUAACUCAGACUUGCUGAGUGAUCUGUUUGGGGUCAGUGGUUCCAGGGCCCACAGCCAAGGUGGACAGGCAGCUGCUGAGGACGUCUUUCACGUGGGUGGGCCUGGAUCUGCACACUCCACCCCUCGACGCUCUGCAGCUUCAGCAUCUCCAUCUCCAUCCCCAAGAGUAGGAGAAGCAACUGCCUUUGACCCAUUUGGAACUAGCCCAAAGCAAUCUGGUCCGGAUCUACUGGGUUCUUUUCUUGGUUCAUCAAAUGCCACUGGUGAUCCUUUCCUUCAAGCAACAAGAAGUCCUUCACCUACCGUGCACACUUCUAGUACACCAACGGUUGCCAUACAACCAGAUGUUUCAGGUGGCUGGGAGUGGUCCAACAAAUCAGGUGGCCUUGGUAUGGGAAGCAAGUCAGCCGCUACAAGUCCCACAGGAUCUCUCCAUAGCACUCCCACUCAUCAGUCCAAACCACAAACUCUGGAUCCAUUUGCUGAUUUGGGGGCUCUUGGGGGGUCUUCAUUUGCCAGCAAACCAACCACACCGACAGGAAUAAGUGGCGGAUUCCCUCCUAUGGGCUCUCCACAGAAACCAUCUCCCCAGACAAUGGGAGGUAGUGGUUGGCAGCAAGGUGCCGGAUACUCCUGGCAACAAUCACAGUCCAAAUCCCAGCAAAACAUACCACAUGCCUCUCCACAGAACAGGCCCAACUACAAUGUGAGCUUUUCAGCAAUGCCUGGUGGGCAAAACGAUCGUGGGAAAGGACUAGCCAAUGCUGACUCAAAACCAAAAGUGUCUGCUGAUUUUGAAGAUCUAUUAUCUGGUCAAGGCUUUAAUGCCCACAAAGACAGAAAGGGACCCAGAACAAUAGCUGAAAUGAGAAAAGAAGAAAUGGCUAAGGAGAUGGACCCUGAAAAGUUAAAAAUCCUAGAAUGGAUUGAAGGGAAGGAGAGAAACAUAAGAGCACUGCUGUCAACGAUGCACACAGUGUUAUGGGCUGGAGAGACUAAAUGGAAACCCAUCGGCAUGGCAGAUCUUGUAACUCCAGAACAAGUGAAGAAGGUCUACCGGAGAGCAGUGCUUGUUGUUCAUCCUGACAAAGCUACAGGGCAGCCAUAUGAACAGUAUGCAAAGAUGAUCUUCAUGGAGCUAAAUGAUGCCUGGUCAGAAUUUGAAAACCAAGGCCAAAAGCCUUUAUAUUAAGCUACUUUCUCAGACCUGUGCUCAUGCUUGUAUAGUCUCUGAUCACAACUUUGCCAUUUUCACAGAUAACCAAAAUCUGGCUGGAAAUUUGGAAGUUUCAAAAUUGCUCAUGAA